UCAAAAUAUUAUCACCUAUAACAUUUUAAAAGUCCAGUCCAAACCAUGAGUCAUUAUCAGCUAGCUUGCUUCCUAGCCAUUGUUCUCUUACUGGUUUCAGGGUCAUCCAUGGCUGCACCCUCAUGCCAAAACAUUCUACGUGAAAUGCGCCCUUGCGUUCCUUACCUGAGGAGACAUCAUCAUCAGCCAUCCCAUGCUUGCUGUAAUGGUGUCAGGUACGUCGGCAGGUACUUCAACAGCAACCGAGAUCGGAGGGCUGCAUGUGAGUGCUUCACGACCUCAUCAGCAUUAUCAUUAUUCGGGCGGGUCCAGACUUCGGUCAUCACUUCUCUCCACAGGAGCUGUGAUGUCUCCAUAAGAAUGCCGCACGCCUCUCGUGGCCGCCUUGAAUGUUCCAGGUUUUGAUGAGAGAAGAGAAGUGCGGCCAUUGAAUAAACUGAUCUGGCUCGAGUUCAGCAAGAUGGGCCUCUAUGUCUCUGUUCUUAAAAUAAGAUAAAGAGUAUGAAAUGUAAAAGCGACGCCGUUAUGUUAUGUUAUAUCUGUUAUGCACGAAUCAAGGAUUCGGUUGAAUAAUAUUGACUGCAUGCAACUUGCUGUCCAGUACUCCUUG